GAAGGAAAUGCUAGCUAGGAUGGUUCAUUUGUCCUGAAAAUUUGCCAAGGCACUCAUCUUAGCAAACCAUUGCCACACACCAAAAAUUAGCAUAUUCCCUUUAGCCAAUAUUCCAUAAACAAUUACAAACAGGUUGCUGCCAAAUCCUGUUUGUGCAAGUUUCUCUCAUCCUAGAGCCUGCCAGUUUAUUCUAGACCCAUAUGCUAUCUAAUUGAGCAGAGAGAAACGUGACAGACAAGGUUUGGCAAGCAGACCCGCGCUAAAAGGGCCAGUACGUGUGGUGACCACGUGAACAACAAGCAAAUCUGGCGCUUUGUGCCGCGCGCCGCCUGUGCCGACCACUCCGUCCGGCCAUAGCUCGUCUGAGCAUGUCUAGAAGCUCCGGGAUGACCUCGCGUCCCUCUGGACCCUUCUCGUCUCCUAUUUCCUCAUCCUCACGCCACGGCAGUCGCCGCCGCGGCACUGUCCCGUCUGUGAGCAUCGUCGUCUUCCCCUCUCUGCUUUCUUCUUCCUCCCUGAGCCAUCCCAUCCUCCUGUAGAGUAUCAGGUCGGCACCAAGUGCAUCCAAGCCAGCUCAUCGCGAGCUCGAGCGCGAUGAUGAGCAUACCACGGCGUCGUGCUGAUCCGCUCGUCGUCGGCCGACUAUAAAUAGCCGCGGCCCUAGCCCUCCCCGAGGACCCGAGCAUCUCCAGCCUCCUAUCCAUCCUCCCUGUAACCUCCCGUGCCUCUCCAUCGAGCGCGAGGAUGCUCCCUGCCCUCCAAUCACAGCCAUGGUCGCCGCCCCUCCUCUGCUAAAUUCGUGGAAUGCCAGCCCCCUUUCUCUAUUCUGCCAUCUCUAGAAGCCCCACCGGACCUCGGCGGAGCGCUCCCCCACCUUCGUUCGCUCUCCCCGCCACCGAAAUGCCGAGGUCAUCCCCGCAGUAUCCGCCAUCCGUUGCGGCCGUGGGCGCGCACCUUCCCGCCCUCCCGGAGCUCCGCCUCCUACCGGGAUGGAUGCACCGCGCCGCUCUGAUCUCUGCGGUAGCCGAAGCGUCGUCGGAGGUGGCCGGAGCCGUCCUGGCGAACGCCGGCGUCGACGCCCUUUCUUUGUCUCGCGAGCGCGAGCAGGAGGUGGAAGAAGGAGGAGCGGGAGGAGAGAGAAGAGAGACCUGCCAGGUGGGCCCCGACCCCACCUGUCAGUGCAAGAGGCACCCGACACCGUGGAUAAGUGGAAGCGUAUUAUCAGGAAUACGCUUUCGCUUCUAGAAAGUGUAUUCUCCCUGGAUGCGCGACCAGUUGCGCUGUCAGGGACCCGGUUGUGAAUAUUUCUUUUAUAGAAAGGUCCCUGGCAGACAAACGCUUAUAUCUUUUUGCUCGGGACUCCGAUUCCGGUGAAACCAACGCCCACGUCUUCGCCUCGUCGAGCCCUUCAUGUUGGUAUCAUUUUCAUUAUGUGUUCACAUUCUGAAAAUGACCUUGUUUUCCUUGCCCUCCUAUCAGCCCUCUCCGAGAGAGAACCGUUUCGACAUAUCGUUCCGCGGGCUCUCCGCACCUUUUCCGGAAGUAUUCUUCAACGCAGGCAAGACGAUCAUCUGACAUAUACCCUCAAGCUUUGCUCUGUGAUGUUCUUGCAUAUUUAAAUUAAAAUGCUUACGUCUGAGUGCAUAGUAAUAUGAUGUAUGAGAUGCUGACAAA